UUCCCUUUCCAUCAGUAUAAUGGUUUAAACUCUACCAAAGGAUGUACCCAAGUGAUGGCUUUUUCUUUAGAAUUUGAAUAUGGAAGCUACAGGAACUGAUGAAGUUGACAAGCUAAAGACAAAAUUUAUAUCUGCUUGGAACAACAUGAAGUAUAGUUGGGUGUUGAAGACAAAGACUUAUUUUAGUAGAAAUUCUCCUGUAUUACUGCUUGGAAAAUGUUACCAUUUUAAAUAUGAAGAUGAAAAUAAAAUGUUACCUUCAAGAUCGGGCUGUGCAAUAGAAGACUGUUUAAUUUCAGGAAAUGUGGAAGAAUUUCGUAAAGAUUUUAUUUCUAGAAUAUGGUUGACCUACAGGGAAGAAUUUCCUCAAAUAGAGGGCUCAACUUUGACUACAGACUGUGGUUGGGGAUGUACCUUGAGAACUGGCCAGAUGCUGUUGGCUCAAGGACUCAUACUACACUUUCUCGGUAGAGCUUGGACCUGGCCUGAUGCUUUGAACAUUGAAAAUUCAGACUCUGAAUCAUGGACUUCUCACACUGUAAAAAAAUUUACUGCAUCAUUUGAAGCAUCGCUGUCAGGGGAAACUGAACUCAAAACGCCAUCAAUUUCUUUGAAGAAAACGGUUGGGAGAUAUUCUGAUGAUCAUGAAAUGCGAAAUGAAAUUUAUCAUAGGAGAAUCAUCUCUUGGUUUGGUGAUUCCCCCUUGGCCCUCUUUGGCUUACAUCAACUAAUAGAAUACGGAAAGAAGUCGGGGAAAAAAGCUGGAGAUUGGUAUGGACCAGCUGUAGUUGCUCACAUUUUAAGAAAAGCAGUUGAAGAAGCAAGACAUCCUGAUUUACAAGGUAUAACUAUUUAUGUUGCUCAAGAUUGUACAGUUUACAACUCAGAUGUAAUUGAUAAACAGUGUGUUUCCAAGUCCUCUCAGAAUCCAGAUGACAAAGCUGUUAUUAUUCUAGUUCCUGUUAGACUUGGUGGAGAACGAACCAAUAUUGACUACUUAGAGUUUGUAAAGGGAAUUCUAAGCCUUGAAUAUUGUGUGGGUAUUAUCGGUGGCAAACCCAAGCAGUCAUACUACUUUGCUGGAUUUCAAGAUGACAGUUUGAUUUACAUGGAUCCUCAUUACUGCCAAUCUUUUGUAGAUGUCAGCAUAAAGGAUUUCCCUCUUGAGACAUUCCAUUGCCCUUCUCCCAAAAAGAUGUCAUUUCGAAAAAUGGAUCCUAGCUGUACAAUUGGAUUUUACUGUCGAAAUGUUCAAGACUUCAAACGAGCUUCUGAAGAAAUCACUAAGAUUCUGAACAUUUCUUCUAAGGAAAAAUACCCAUUAUUUACUUUUGUAAAUGGUCAUUCCAGGGAUUAUGAUUUUACAUCUACUACAACCAAUGAAGAUGACCUUUUCUCAGAAGAUGAAAAGAAAAGAUUAAAAAGAUUUAGCACAGAAGAGUUUGUCUUACUAUAAUGAUUAACCCGUUGGUGCUUGAGAACUUCUAUGAAAGGUGGAGAAAUAAAGAGAAAGAAACUAGUGUGUUUGAAACUGGUUUAUUUUCACAAAUACCUUAAUUUUAUAUAUUCUACACAAAUAAAAAGAACAUUUGAAAAUAUACAAGUUUUAAAGAAUUUUUUUUUCUGCAAGAAAAGUGAUUUAAUGAAACUU